GUACUAAAAGUCAGUUGGAAAUCGACUUCCUGACUAAUAAGAGUAUUCUGAUCGAGACCUACUUCCCCCAAAAAGGUAAAUGUUUUCAAGUCAAAAGAUUUUGCUUCUUUAAGUUAAAUAAAUUCUGUGGCGGAAGAUUUUGCUAUUCAGACGUGACUUGAUGAAAAUGAAAAUCGCUGGAAUGAGAUUGCCCAUAUUCCUGGCGCUAUUGGCAAUUGCAAAAUCACAGCUGUCGCAGAAUCACUUUUACAAAAAGUUAAAUGUUAUCAAUGAAGAGAGACGAAUUAUUUCCAGCCUGGUUGUUCCUUCUCUGAUCAACACUCCUUAUCCAGGAGUGGCAAAUUAUACCCUUUACGAAACGGCUCGUUUAGGGCUGUUGAUAUCCAAUGCAAAUUCAAUUAUGCCAGAAUUCGGCCCAGUGCUAAACGCUGUCACAUCAUUCAAUUACCCCAUCACUAUUAAACGGUGCGGGGAUAUCGAACAGAGAAGGCAAAGUGCUUUCAUUGCUGUGAUUUCGGCAGCUGACAAUUUUGAAAAACGAGAGAAAAUUCGCCAAACUUGGAAAAAUCACAUCGACUUCGUUCGGAAAUUCAAACUGUUCAAUAUUCAAUUUAGUUUCAUUUUGGGACAGUCUGAAGACGCGUUCACCCAAAGGAAAAUUCAAGAAGAAAGCAAAACCCACGAAGAUAUCAUUCAGAUCGAUAGGUUGGAUACCCACAGAAAUUUACCAUUGAAGAUGGCCGGAUUAUUCAAUUGGGUUAACACUAACUGCCCUAAACAUGAUUUCCUGCUCAAAUUGGAUGACGACAUGUACCUCAACGUACACGUUCUAGCCAAUUUCGUCAAUACGUACCGUCAGUUAGGCAAAAUGACAAUUUUUGGUCAGAGUCCAAGAACAGGGUAUCCCUUCAUAAACAACUGGGGCCCACAACGAAGCGGGAUGCAUGAAAUCGCUUUGGAAGAAUGGCCGUGGAAUACCUAUCCCAAUUACGUGAACGGACCGGCCUACUUGAUUCACCAAACUGCGAUCCUUCCGCUUUUAGCCGCCAUUCAAACGACGCCCAUUAUGCCUUUUGAAGAUAUCUACAUAACCGGAAUCUGUGCGGAAAAAGCUGGAGUCGCGACGCAAUAUUCCUCUGGAUACAAUAGCUUGAUAACAGGCCCGACCCCACGUAACGAAUGUGAUUUGGACAAAUUUCUAACAUGGAAGAGCUCCACUGGUGGGCUGUCGCACAAUGAUGUUGACAAUUUCUAUCGCGUUACCCUUCCGUGUAAACCGAGAGGAUCCCAAUUCAGCUUUAGGAACGACAUGUCUGUUUUCUAAAUCAAUCCAGGAAAAGGUUCACCUUUCAGAAACGACUAGCCGACUACCUUACAAACAACGUGACAGCUAUCCCAAAUCGACAAUUGGAACAAGUUACUUUUCUUGAUAAUUGGCAAAUUUAGUUCAUAGAAUAUUCUCAAAUAACCCCAAUAAAACAGCAAACUUCCCUCUUUAAGCUUUGAAUUUUAAGUUUGAAUUUUCCAGCCUCUCGUCUUUGCAAAACGAGAAAAAAUUCAAACAACCUUGCUUAAUCAAUACAAAUUAAUUGGCGGUGA